AUGCCCGGCGUGGCCCGCCUGCCGCUGCUGCUCUGCCUGCUGCUGCUCCCGCGCCCCGGCCGGCCGCUGGACUUGGCCGACUACACCUACGAGCUGGGCGACGAGGACGACUGGGAGCCCCCCAACUACAAAGAUCCCUGCAAGGCGGCCGCCUUUCUUGGGGACAUUGCCCUGGACGAGGAGGACUUGAGGGCCUUCCAGGUGCAGCAGGCUGCAGUUCUCAGACAGCGUGCAGUCCGUAGGUCUUCCAUCAAAGUUGCAGUGCCAGGAAACUCUUCUGCCCCCUGCUGCAAGAGCACAAGUGGGCAGCCUCGGAGGGAAUCCCGUGGGAGAUGGAGAGGCAGGUCCCGGAGCCGGAGGGCAGCAACCUCCAGACCAGAGCGUGUGUGGCCCGAUGGGGUCAUCCCCUUUGUGAUUGGGGGAAACUUCACUGGCAGCCAGAAGGCAGUCUUCCGGCAGGCCAUGAGGCACUGGGAAAAACACACCUGUGUCACCUUCCUGGAGCGCACCGACGAGGACAGCUAUAUAGUGUUCACCUACCGACCCUGCGGGUGCUGCUCCUACGUGGGUCGCCGCGGCGGGGGCCCCCAGGCCAUCUCCAUCGGCAAGAACUGUGAUAAGUUCGGCAUCGUGGUGCAUGAGCUGGGCCACGUCAUUGGCUUCUGGCACGAGCACACGCGACCCGACCGGGACCGCCACGUCUCCAUCGUACGCGAGAACAUCCAGCCAGGGCAGGAGUAUAAUUUCCUGAAGAUGGAGGUGCAGGAGGUGGAGUCCCUAGGGGAGAACUAUGAUUUUGACAGCAUCAUGCACUAUGCCCGGAACACAUUCUCCAGGGGCAUCUUCCUGGACACCAUCGUCCCCAAAUAUGAGGUGAAUGGGGUGAAACCUCCCAUCGGCCAAAGGACCCGGCUCAGCAAGGGAGACAUUGCCCAGGCCCGCAAGCUCUACAAGUGCCCAGCCUGCGGAGAGACCCUACAAGACAGCACGGGCAAUUUCUCUUCCCCUGAGUACCCCAAUGGCUACUCCGCCCACAUGCACUGUGUAUGGCGCAUCUCAGUCACACCUGGGGAGAAGAUCAUUCUGAACUUCACGUCCAUGGACCUAUACCGCAGCCGCCUGUGCUGGUAUGACUAUGUGGAGGUCCGAGAUGGCUUCUGGAGGAAGGCGCCCCUCCGAGGCCGGUUCUGCGGGGGCAAACUCCCCGAGCCCAUUGUCUCCACCGACAGCCGCCUCUGGGUCGAAUUCCGCAGCAGCAGUAAUUGGGUUGGCAAGGGCUUCUUUGCCGUCUACGAAGCCAUCUGCGGGGGUGAUGUGAAAAAGGACAAUGGCCAUAUCCAGUCUCCUAAUUACCCAGAUGAUUACCGGCCCAGCAAAGUCUGCAUCUGGCGGAUCCAAGUGUCCGAGGGCUUCCACGUGGGCCUCACCUUCCAGUCCUUUGAGAUCGAGCGCCAUGACAGCUGUGCCUACGACUACCUGGAGGUGCGGGACGGGCACAGUGAGACCAGCACCCUGAUCGGGCGCUACUGUGGCUACGAGAAGCCCGAUGACAUCAAGAGCACAUCCAGCCGCCUCUGGCUCAAGUUUGUCUCGGAUGGAUCCAUUAACAAAGCAGGCUUUGCUGUCAACUUUUUCAAAGAGGUGGACGAAUGCUCUCGGCCCAACCGCGGGGGCUGUGAGCAGCGAUGCCUCAACACUCUAGGCAGCUACAAGUGCAGCUGUGACCCUGGGUAUGAGCUGGCCCCGGACAAGCGUCGCUGUGAGGCUGCCUGUGGAGGAUUCCUCACCAAGCUCAACGGCUCCAUCACCAGCCCAGGCUGGCCCAAGGAGUACCCUCCCAACAAAAACUGCAUCUGGCAGUUGGUGGCCCCCACCCAGUACCGCAUCUCCCUGCAGUUUGACUUCUUUGAGACCGAAGGCAAUGAUGUAUGCAAAUAUGACUUUGUGGAGGUGCGCAGUGGACUCACAGCUGACUCCAAGCUGCAUGGCAAGUUCUGUGGCUCCGAGAAGCCCGAGGUCAUCACCUCCCAGUACAACAACAUGCGUGUGGAAUUCAAGUCCGACAACACCGUGUCCAAAAAGGGCUUUAAGGCCCACUUCUUCUCAGACAAGGACGAAUGCUCCAAGGAUAACGGCGGCUGCCAGCAGGACUGCGUCAACACGUUCGGCAGCUACGAGUGUCAGUGUCGCAGUGGCUUCGUCCUCCAUGACAACAAACACGACUGCAAGGAAGCCGGCUGUGACCACAAGGUGACAUCCACCAGUGGCACCAUCACCAGCCCCAACUGGCCUGACAAAUAUCCCAGCAAGAAGGAGUGCACAUGGGCCAUCUCCAGCACCCCUGGGCACCGGGUCAAGCUGACCUUCGUGGAGAUGGACAUCGAGUCUCAGCCUGAGUGUGCCUAUGACCACCUGGAGGUGUUUGACGGGCGCGAUGCCAAGGCAUCUGUCCUCGGCCGCUUCUGUGGCAGCAAGAAACCCGAGCCCGUCCUGGCCACGGGCAGCCGCAUGUUCCUGCGCUUCUACUCUGACAAUUCGGUCCAGCGGAAGGGCUUCCAGGUGUCCCACUCCACAGAGUGUGGGGGCCAGGUGCAGGCAGAGGUGAAGACCAAGGACCUUUACUCCCAUGCCCAGUUUGGGGACAACAACUACCCAGGGGGAGUGGACUGCGAGUGGGUCAUUGUGGCUGAGGAAGGCUAUGGUGUGGAGCUCGUGUUCCAGACUUUCGAGGUGGAGGAGGAGACCGACUGCGGCUACGACUACAUGGAGCUCUUUGACGGCUAUGACAGCACAGCCCCCAGACUGGGGCGCUACUGCGGCUCAGGGCCUCCCGAGGAGGUGUACUCGGCCGGAGACUCUGUCAUGGUGAAAUUCCACUCGGAUGACACCAUCACCAAAAAAGGUUUCCACCUGCGGUAUACCAGCACCAAGUUUCAGGACACACUCCACAGCAGGAAGUGACCAUGGCCCUCGCACCAGGGAAGCAGGACCAGGAGGCCUGCUUCCUGUGGUCACUGAGACUGGACAGUGGGGGGCGGGCAGAAGGCGACAUACCGUCCCUCUCCUCCAGGAGCCAGGACCUGCAGGGCCACUGGGCCAGGUGAGGCUGUCCUCUGGAGGCAGGGGAACUGGACUCUUCAUAAGCCACUUCCCCGUGACCCCCACCAGAGCAAGGGGCCAGGGAGCCAGAGCUUUCACUGAGACACUUGAAGUGACCAUUCCUCUCUGGGUGCCCUGCCUAGUGGCAAGAGGGACCAUGUGCAGGACCCCACUGCCCUCCCUGCCCAUCUCUACGCGCUGUAUUGUGUAUAGCCACUGGCGUAAUCUUCAUUGUAAUGUACAUCCCACCCCUUCUCCAGCCUCGAUUUGGUUUGAUUUGAGCCCCCGCUCCCCCGCUUCCUGGGGCGUGAGUGACCCAGGAGCCACUGCCAGGAGAUGAAGGGGAGGGUGGGAAACAAGACAGGGCCUCUCUCAGGCCCAGUGGCUGGUCAGCCACACCAGGGCACC